AGUGGAGAACAAACACAAAAUGCAACAAAUUGCAAUAAAAUGUGAAUGAAAGUAUGAAUAAACUAAAGCGCUAUGCACUGGCAAUGGAUAUUUAAUCGAGUUGUGCUGGGCUUGGCCUUUGUUUGUGUGUUGAUUGCGAUAUAUGCAUAUAGUCCUGCGGCAAGGAGCGGCAAACGAAAUGCAGCGAGAACUCCACCAGACCCUGAGGAACCUCUGCCGCCCUCCAGCUCCCCGCUGCACCGCUUCAAGCGGGCUGGCAUAGCCACAGAUAAUGAUGCCUGCAGUCAGAUGGCCAGAGAAGCACUGCUACUUGGAGGCUCUGUGGUGGAUGCUGCACUAGCUGCCUUGCUCUGCAACGGACUCAUUGGUAUGCAAAGCAUGGGCCUCGGCGGCGGCAUGAUUAUGAACAUUUAUAUGCACAGCGAGCGACGGGCAUAUACGAUCCUAGGUCGGGAGAUGGCACCGCGCUCUCUGCAUGCGGACAACUUUACGACUAUGGUGAGCGAACAGCAGUUAAAGCAGUCCGGCAGGUCUAUUGCUGUGCCCACCGAACUGUUGGGCUAUGCCUUGGCCCACGAGCGUUUUGGCAAGCUGUCCUGGUCGGAAUUGGUUCGGCCAACGCUCUCCCUAUGCCACAGCGGUUAUUCGCUCUACAAGCAUCAGUACGAUGCGCUCAUAUUGAAUGCGGACAUGAUCAAAAGCAACGCAUUGUUGCGUCAAAUGUUUGUGGAUCCGGCGACAAAUCAGUUCUGGCCCAUUGGCCGUCACAUCCAGCCGCCGAAGCAGCUGUGCGAUACGUAUGCGCAAAUAUCUGUAGCAGGACCGCGCAGCCUCUACAAAGGCACGCUGCUGGCAAGGCUGCACGCCGACUUGCAGGACAUGGGCAGCGCCAUAACCAAGGAAGACUUGAGGCACGCCCAAGCUGAGCUAAGGGAUUCGUUAGUCAUACCCUUGGAUGAGUAUGAUUUGCACCUGACGCCGCCACCAGGCAGCGGUCACAUCCUUGGCCUCAUCAUGAACAUACUGCAUGCCUAUCGAGCGGACUUUGCAGCAGGCGACGAUUUAGAUGCUUUGGCAAUCCAUCGCAUUGUAGAGGCCUUUAAAUUUGGCUUUGUGCAGCGCUGGCGAUUGGACGAUAAAGCUGAUGAAGAGCUGCUAGCGAAGCUGACAAGCCCAAGGUUUGCCGCCCGCAUUGCCCAGCUGAUAGAUGAUGCUAGAACCUAUAACAACUCGGAGCAUUAUGGAGCAUCUGGCGAUAUACAGCCACGUGAUGAGCAUGGCACCUCGCAUAUUUCGAUAUUGCACAAUAAUGACGCUGUUUCGGUAACCAGUUCCAUUAACUUUUAUUUCGGCAGCGGGCGCAUGGGCAAACGCACGGGCGUGCUGUUCAACAACGCCAUGUCGGACUUCUCCAUGAAGCAGCUAAAGAACUACUUCGAUUUGCCGUAUAUCGAUGGCACGAAUAUGAUAACAGCAGCAGCCCGUCCCAUGUCCUCAAUGUGCCCGAUCAUUGUUACGGAGCGUUCGAGCGGACAAGUUCGUUUGGUUGUUGGCGCAGCUGGUGGCACAAAGAUCAUAUCGGCUCUUGUACCUCUGCUAGUUCGCAUACUUUGGCAACGGGCGAGCAUCAAGACGGCCAUCGAUGCCAGCCGAUUCCAUCAUCAGAUGCUGCCCAACGUGCUGCAGUAUGAAUACGGCAUGCUGCAGGCACACGUGCACAGUCUCUUGGCCAAAGGACAUCAAUGCGAACGCUAUCGCAAUCGUGGCUCCGUCAUUUGUGGCAUUGCCCAGGAUAACGAGAGCGUUACCAUCAAUUCGGACUAUCGUAAAAUUGGUGGUGUCGCUGGAUUUUAAGCAAGACAGCAGAUGCUA